AGCUGCUCGUCCACGCUGUAGCAGCAGCAGCACGUCCUGACAGCAGACUGGCCUCAAUGAACCAGUGUUUGUGAAGGUUUGCGGCUUCGGGAGGAGCAGAGAUGUGCGACGGACCUCCGAACUGGAUCUUCCAGCACCCAGCGUAUCAGCAGAUGAAGGGUCUGGAGGUCGGAGACAGCGAGCAGCUCCACGCAGCCUUCCUGGUGUUCAUGGAUCUGACGGAGGUUCGUCGUUGGAAGGAGGUGUCUUGUGUGAAGAGUCCUGAGCUGCAGGUGGUUCUACUGGAAGCGAAGGAGAAGGAAGGAGCACCGGUCCAGACUGUCUUUCCUCUGCCUGUCCACCGAUCUCUGAGCCACAGAAGCGUUCGUCAGGCGCUGGACAGAGGCUUCCCGGUGCUGCUGUGUGCUGUGGCAGCUGACUCCACUCUGGUCUACCAGAGGAUGACCGACGGGUUGGUGACACCGGACCCUCCUGCGGGCCCGUUUCAGGAUGUGGGACGUCGGCAGCACCGGAAGAGACGGCAGCAGCGCUGAGCAGCUGGUGGAGGAAGAUGAUGAACCAAAGACAGAGCAGAAAGGGGCGACACCCGGUUGGUCUGUCUGCCAUUUAAAUUGGUACAAAGAUGGACUGUCCCAUACGGACAUGGGCCGGUACCCCGCCAGGUGGUAGAUGUGGCUUCUAGCUCCACCCUUGUUGGUCCCUCUUAAUAAGAAACCACAUCCAGUGAACUGCAGUUUCGAGGAUUUCAACCUUUUCUUAGCUUGUGACCUCUGGAAACAAACAAAAAAACCCAUCCUCAUCUGUUGCAUGUGUCGAAAUAAUAGAAUUUUGAGCACUUUUUCUUUCAUGUUUGCAGUUCUGGUAAAUUCUUCUGACACCCUGGAAGGUGCUGCCAUGUUUGGAGGUGUGUUGUGGUGUAUGCACGCUACACAGUUGACUAGAUGCUCUUUUGAUGCAAUCAGGGAUAUUUUCAGGAAGCCCCGUAAUUUCUGUAGUCUCAUGCCUUCCUCAAAACCAUCGUGAAACAUGGACGUGGCUCCAGGUCUGACAAGGGAAGCCAACAUUGAAGUGCCUCAAAUCUGCAGUCUGUACAACAGCCAGCAGGGGGCGACUGCUCUGGGUGCAAAAAAGAAGUCAGGUUGUAUUGAAGUGUAUUAGAAAAUGACCCCACUUCUCACUUGAUUUGUUACCACAGUAAACAUUUUCCUGAUGAGUUUAUGAUCCCAAUCACUAGUUUCAACGCUCCUUUAAUCCACUAUUUUGUAAAUUAGGGUUCCAUUUACAGCUAAACACACAAUAAAGCAGGGUGUGUGUUAUGCCGCAGCUACCUUGUGA